AUUCCGUAAAUGUUGUGCAGCAAUGUACUCAUGUCUAAUUUUGGGGAACCCAACUCCAACAACCCUCGAUUCUCUGUCAACCUAACGACGACGUCGCCAGUGGCGAUGUUGGGUAUUUCCACUUUGUAGCUGUUCUUGCUGUUCACCAUGGUCUUGAGGGACGAAAUUGGCGUAAUUCUGUGCUCUCUUCUCAUCCCACUUGUCUUCCAUCUGCUUCUCAGCUCUUGUAACUUCGUCUUGAGCAUCUUGAGGGAGUGUUCCAACAAUAUUUCGAACCUCGUCUCGGCGAACGGAUUCGAGGUCGAUCAUCAUUUGAGUGAAGGGCCCAGACGAAUUUACUUGAGAUGAAUGUUAGUCAACUUUCUUGCACAAGAGUCUGAUACUU